GGCUCGAAGGGUAGGAGGGCCCCAGGUUGUAGGGUGGAAGAGACCUAAUUGGGGCUGAGAGGGAAAACGUCCAGGGUGGAAAUGGGAGGAGCCUAGAGUGGAAGGUCUGUAGUUUGUUCAGGGGUGUGUCUUAGAGAAAGGGCACAAUGAGGCGUAUAAUUUGUGGAGUCUUAGUGGAGAUACAAAGUCUGCAAUGCAAGUGCAAUGACAUAGAGGGCGGGGCUUUGGGAAGCAUGGGGCCACUUCAUGGCGGAAUGUGAAGGGACAGCGCAGCGGGUUUGGAGGCGGCCACUGUAGAGGCCUAGAGGUACUUAGCGGGAGGUAUAGGCACACAGUUAACCUGUGGAGUCUGUGAACCCCGCCUAAGUAAGCACGCAGCACUCUUUGCAACAGUUUUGCUUAACACGCACCACUGCUCCACCAGAGAGAGCCGGCACGGGGCCACUGCCUUUGCACCUAACCAUCAUGGAUGACACCCCUCUGCCAGCGCCCCCCGUCCCUGCCCCAGCUCCGGUCCCAGCAUCGCCCGCUGCCACCCCCCGGGUCCCGUUUCACUGCAGUGAGUGUGGCAAGAGCUUCCGCUACCGCUCGGACCUGCGGCGCCACUUCGCCCGGCACACUGCGCUCAAACCCCACGCGUGUCCACGCUGCGGCAAGGGUUUCAAGCACAGCUUCAAUCUGGCCAACCACCUGCGCUCACACACGGGCGAGCGGCCCUACCGCUGCUCCGCCUGCCCCAAGGGAUUCCGAGACUCCACUGGCCUGCUGCACCAUCAGGUCGUCCACACUGGUGAGAAACCCUACUGCUGCCUGGUCUGCGAGCUCCGCUUCUCCUCACGCUCCAGCCUGGGCCGCCACCUCAAGCGCCAGCACCGCGGGGUGCUCCCGUCCCCGCUGCAGCCCAGCCCGGGCCUGCCUGCCCUGAGCGCGCCCUGUUCCGUCUGCUGCAACGUCGGGCCCUGCUCAGUGUGCGGGGGCGCGGGGACCGGCGGCGGGGAGGGCCCGGAGGGGGCAGGCGCGGGUCCGGGCAGCUGGGGGUUGGCAGAGGCGGCGGCGGCAGCCGCCGCGGCCUCACUGCCCCCAUUCGCUUGCGGAGCCUGUGCGCGGCGCUUUGACCAGGGCCGCGAGCUGGCGGCGCACUGGGCGGCGCACACCGACGUGAAGCCCUUCAAGUGCCCGCGCUGCGAGCGCGAUUUCAACGCCCCUGCCCUGCUGGAGCGGCACAAGCUGACACACGACCUGCAGGGGCCGGGCGCACCCCCCGCGCAGGCCUGGGCCCCCGGGGCGGGCGCUGGGCCCGAUGCAGUCGGCCAGGAGGGCGCCAAGGAGGUGGGCGACGCCCAGCCGGCCUGGGACACCGGGCUGCCCCUAGGCCGCGCGGGGGGCGGGGUGCCUGAGCCGGAGGCGCUGCCCCCUGAGGGCGGCGGGGAGGCCCCCGCGCCGGCGGCCGCGGCAGAACCGUCGGAGGACACCCUGUACCAGUGUGACUGCGGAACGUUCUUCGCGUCGGCCGCGGCGCUGGCCAGCCACCUGGAGGCGCACUCGGGCCCGGCCACCUACGGCUGCGGCCACUGCGGGGCCCUGUACGCGGCCCUGGCGGCGCUGGAGGAGCACCGGCGGGCCAGCCACGGCGAGGGUGGAGGGGCGGAGGCGGCCGCAGCGGCCCCGGACGGAGAGCCCGUGCCCGGGGAGCCCGCGUCCGGCUCCGGCCGCGGCAAGAAGAUCUUCGGCUGCUCCGAGUGCGAGAAGCUGUUCCGCUCGCCGCGCGACCUGGAGCGGCACGUGCUGGUGCACACGGGCGAGAAGCCGUUCCCGUGCCUCGAGUGCGGCAAGUUCUUCCGCCACGAGUGCUACCUCAAGCGCCACCGGUUGCUGCACGGCACCGAGCGGCCAUUCCCCUGCCACAUCUGCGGCAAGGGCUUCAUCACGCUCAGCAACCUCUCCCGGCACCUGAAGCUGCACCGGGGCAUGGACUGAGGCGGCCGGGCCGGGCCACCACCGCGGCCCUCCCAAAGCCAGGCGCGGGCCCUGAGAUAAAGGGCCCUGCCUACGUAGUGGGGGCCACCAGACACCCGCCAGGCCAGAACUGGGGGACAGCAGAUAAACGGAGAUGCUCCUCAGCUUAGGAUCCCGGGGCUGUGAGAGACUCCUGAGCUGUGGUCACUGGAACUGGUGCCUGACACCCCCAAACCAACAGGCCCUGAAUGGUGGAGACCUAGGAAUGAGAAAUGGGUCUUUAGGACUUCCCAUCUUGAGGGCCCUAAUAAUAAAAGAUGGGUACCCCUCCGCCAAGGGAGGACUAACCCUCUCCCCAAGAGCCAUCAUUCCCAAAGACCUUGAUAUGGAGAAUGCAGGGGACCAUGUCCCCAAAUUUGCCUGGAUCCCUCUAAAUGCUACCCACCAGUCACUGGUGUCCCCAGAAAAUGGAUAUAGCCGGAAUCUGCCUUCCCCCAUUUCAUUCCCUAAGCCCAAGAGGACCAGGGUAGAUGCCCCCUGCCCUAAACCCCCUCCCCAGUUAGGUCUCCACUAAGGAAUGGAUCAACCCUAAUGAUCUUCCCCACCCCCAAAUACUAGAAUAGGCUGGUUGGAAAUCUCCCCACCCAGUAGGAUGAACUAAUUCAGACACACACCCCUGUCCACUGGCACAGGCUGGUCCAGGUGGGCCUGCACCACACCCUCCUCCGAGUACACCCAGCAGACGCCCCUCUUCCUCUGGAGUGGGGCCAGCCUGCUCGGACGCGUCUGGGUGGGAUCAGGUGGAUGGUGCAUUUUCCCUCCCGCUCUGCUGUAGCGCCUGUGGGUCUUACCAUCUCUGUUGUUUUGU